ACGGCCGGGGCGGAGCGCGGGCGGCUGCAGCGCUAGCGGGGUGGCCAUGGAGCCGGGCGUGGAGGAGCUGAUGCCGCGGCUGUUGCCCGUGGAUGACUGCGACUUGGCCGAGGACUUCGACCCCACGGUACCUCCCAGGACGCCCCAGGAGUAUCUGAAGCGCGUCCAGAUCGAAGCAGCUCGAUGUCCAGAUGUGGUCGUGGCACAAAUAGACCCUAAAAAGUUGCGAAAGAAGCAGACAAUAAACAUUUCAAUUUCUGGAUGUCAGCCCGCUCCUGAAGGAUACUCUCCAACGCUCAAGUGGCAGCAGCAGCAAGUGGCCAAUUUCUCAGCUGUUCGUCAGAGCCUGAACAAGCACAGAAAUCACUGGAGGUCACAACAUUUGGACAGCAAUGUUACUAUGCCAAAAUCAGAGGAUGAAGAAGGCUGGAAGAAGUUCUGCUUGGGGGAAAAAGUAUACUCUGAAAUAGAUGCACUAUCUGAUAACGAAAAUCUAGGAAUUGAUUACAUAAGGGUGGGAUUUCCCCCUUUGCUAAGUAUUGUAAGCAGAAUGAGUCAGGCAACAGUAACCAGUGUCUUAGAAUACCUGGUAGGCUGGUUUGGAGAGAAAAAAUUUACUCCAGAACUGGGCAGAUGGUUUUAUGCACUGUUGGCAUGCCUUGAAAAACCUUUGCUACCUGAAGCCCAUUCCCUUAUUCGACAGCUGGCAAGACGAUGCUCAGAAGUCAGAGUACUAGAGGAGAAUAAGAAUGAAGAACAAAUAUCAGCUCUGAACUUGAUAAUCUGCCUAGUCAGCAGGUACUUUGAUCAACGUGACUUGGCUGAUGAGCCUUCCUAGACUAUCAAGUAUUUUGCUUUGCCAUAGCGCAAACAGAAUUAUCAGAGUUAACAGCAAGACACUGCACUGUUCAGACCUGAAGUACUACACAACCCCUCAGAACAACCUCAUGAUAAUACAUUUGGGAUGACUAUGAAUAACUUGAGCUGAGCUUUCGCAUGAGAUUGUCAGUGUCUCUCUUACAAUCAUCACCAUCGUAGGAGAACGGUCAGUGAAAUGUCUGGCAUCAUCUCUCAAGCGACCUUCACUGUGAACUAUGUUCUUGGUUGGAAAUAUCUACCAUCUGAGUAAUCCUCUCAACACUGCUACUAGGUGAAGUCUGAAGUUACAUUACAGAUUAUUGUUCUUUAUCUACCACACACCUACUGAGGACUUUUUUAAUAAAACUGAAGUGGUUUAAAGAAUGUUCUUAGACAUUGUGGUUUUCCUCAUUCAUACUAUUUAACAGCAGCUGCUUUAUAGAAAUCUACACAACUAGCUUGUUUUUUCAAGCUUUGGUUCCUUAAGCACUGCUAAGCAAUCCAAAUACAGGCAGUAACUUACUGAAACAAUUAUUUUAGUGAAACAUACACGUUACUAGUUCCUGAGGAGUAAUACUGUUUUUUUAGUGAACAGUUGCAGAAACCAGUGGAAAAUCACAUAGCUCCUGUCAAUGCUUUUAAUAGAAGCAUUUAAAAAGGAGAACAAACAAAUACAUAAUCUAGCCCAUUUAUAUAUUUUAUGUGGAGUGCUUUGCCAAGAGUAUCUGCAUCUGCUCAGUAUGUACGUAACUCUCUUCAGUUCUCAUUAUCUUCCAACAAUUAAAAAUAUGUGUUAAAGGAACUAUGAAUUGUGAUGAUGGCAGCAAAUUGAUGCAUAGUAUUAACUGACAUGCUUCCUGUAGCAAUAGCCACAGACAGUUAUUAAUAAACCUUUAAUAUGUCUUUGAAUGAUUGGCACUUUCGCAUCUGGAAUGGCAAUCUGUUGUGGUUUUGGCUGGAGUAAAGUUAAUUUUCUUCUUAGUAGCUGGUAGAGGGCUGUUUUGGAUUUAAGACAAAAAUAAUGUUGAUAACACACUGAUGGUUUAGUUGUUGCUAAGCAGUGUUUAUAUCAAGCCAAGAAUUUUUCAGUUUUUCACGCUGCCCUGCCAGCGUAGGCUGGGAGUGCACAACAAGCUGGGAAGGGACACAGGCAGGAGAGCUGACCGAAAUGAGCAUUCCAUUUUCCCAUACCAAGAUGUAACAUCAUGCUCAGUAUAUAAACUAAUGGGAACUGGCCAGGAGACACUGUGGCUUGAGGAUUGCCUGGGCAUCAGUCAGCAGGUAGGGAGCAGUUGUAUUGUGCAUCACUUGUUUUGUAUAUUGUACUAUUUUUUAAUUUUUAUUUUCCCUUCAUUUUAUUUCCUAUUAAACUGUCUUUAUAU